ACGCCGCAGCCCGCGGCCCCGCCCCUCCGCGCUAUCACAUGCAUCUGGGACUCCUCGCUGGAUGGGAGAAAAAAAAAAGUUUGGAGCUGCAAUCACUUCUCUCUCCAACUCAGUUUCCCAUAACUUUUUUGUGUGGGGGGGCGAAGGAGGGGGGGCUUUCUUGUUUUGUUUUGUUUUUCUCCACUUGAGACGACUUUUUAGGUCAACGUGGGCAUCGGGAAUCGGUGUCCGUCUGAGUGUUUUCCCGGCUGUGAUUUUUCCAGUUUUAUUUCUCCUGCAGGAAUACUGGGGGGGAGAGAGAGAGAGAGAGAGAGAGAGAGAGAGAGAGAGGGAGAGAGAGGGAGAGAGAGGGGGAAACGUCCCGACUGCUUGAAGAUUUUCGUUUCGACACCCGAAACUUUUGGGCGACAUGGACGCGCACCGCGGCGCGCCUCCGGUCGGGCAGCAGAUCGUGCACGUCCGCGGGGACUCGCAGACGGAGCUGGAGGCCCUGUUCAGCGCCGUGAUGAACCCCAACAAGUCGGCCAGGCAGCCGUCCUCUCUGCCCAUGAGGAUGAGGAAGCUGCCGGACUCCUUCUUCAGGCAGCCGGACUCCCGAGGCCACUCCAGACAAGCCAGUUCGGAUGGAGGUGUGUGUGGCUCCCUAACUCCUCAUCACGUCCGCGCCCACUCGUCCCCUGCCUCCCUUCCAGUCAACUCGCUCUCCACUCAAGCGGCAGAUGUGGCGGCAGCAACAGUCGUACCUGACGACGUGCCACUCCCCCACGGUUGGGAAAUGGCCAAAACGCCUACCGGCCAACGAUACUUCCUCAAUCACCUGGAUAAGACGACUACUUGGCACGACCCUCGACUGUCGCAGCUUCAGUCGGCUGCAGCUCAGCAUCCCAUCGCUGGCACGCCGGUCCACGCCCACUCCCUCAGCAACCCGGCCCCCACCACGCAACAACAGAACACCAACCCAGAGACAGGUCCGUUGCCUGAAGGCUGGGAGAAGGCUGUGACUGCAGAUGGAGAGGUGUACUACAUCGAUCACAUAGAUAAGACCACCGCAUGGGUCGACCCGCGUCUAGCCCAGAAGAUGAAAUCUGGCAUCCUCGGCUUGGCACUGCAGCAAAGGCAGGAAAAGGAAAGGCUCCGAUGCAAACAAGGCCUCCCUCCGCAAAUCACACAGGAGGCAGGAGGAAGGAACCAGAUGCCCGGUGGGAUGGACCAUGACAGGAACGCACAGACGCUCGUCCCUCCUCUGGAUGUAAGGAUCAGAGCCUCCAGCCACGAACCCACACUUAAUGGCGCUCACUCUCGCAACGAGAGCACUGACAGCGGUCUGAGUGUUAGCAGCUUACCUCGCUCAUCGGACCACAUGUUGAGCUCUGUGGAUCACAUGGACACUGGUAACACACACACACACACACACACACACACCUACAUAAACACACCGAUGUCAGAAAGAUGGUGCCAGGGUUCCCACAGUAUGAAAGUGGUAAAGGCAAUCAGCUUUAUUUUUUGUAAUUAAAAAAACAUAUUAUAUAUUACAGCAGUCAUUUUUCUAAAGACGUUACAGAUCAUUUGACAUAAUUUAUAUUUUAAUUGACAACAACCGCAAACCCAAGUGAGUCAAUAGGAAUACAAGGAGAAAAAGAGAGCUGUGUGUGAACUGUUGCGAUGCUAAUUAAAUGCACAAAUGGACACAUUAAACGAUAUAACAGAAAACGGCUUUGACUUGCAGCUACUUUAUUAUCUUUACUCUCUUCUACAACAUGCUUCCGAAUGAUGCCUUGGUGGUGCAUAAAUAUGCAUUUUAAAUUACUACUUGUGUGUUCUUUUUUUACUCUGGAAAAAAAUGUUGGUGGAUUUUUAUCAGAAAUUGAAGAUCAAAAAAACUUAAAUGUGCAUUUUAACGUGUUCAUACACCCUUUCUGUGUGAUUUACAAACUGAACACAUACUGAUCACAUACUUCUCCUAGGUGACUCCGGGGAGACCUCCUCGAUGACCGUGCAGGAGUCGAUGUCUGUGCUCCCGAUGUCGGAGGGGGAGGAGUUGAUGCCUUGCAUCCCGGAGGGUCUCAGUUCCGACCUUCUA